AUGCAGAACAAGAUUCUUCUCACAGCCAUUUUGGCUUUUGUUUCUAGCGUCGCCAUCGCUGCACCUAUUAACGGCGCCGACGAAGACCUCCUAGCUGGUCACAACUCCAACUACAAGCGUGGUGAAGCUGAAGACCUCCUAGCUGGUCACAACUCCAACUAUAAGCGCGCCGAAGAUGAAGAUCUCCUAGCUGGUCACAACAAGAACUACAAGCGUGCCGAGGAUGAGGAUCUCCUAGCUGGUCACAACAAGAACUACAAGCGUGCCGAGGAUGAAGAUCUCCUUGCUGGACACAACUCCAACUACAAGCGUGCCGAGGAUGAAGAUCUCCUAGCUGGUCACAACAAGAACUACAAGCGUGCCGAGGAUGAGGACCUCCUUGCUGGUCACAACAAGAACUACAAGCGUGCCGAGGAUGAAGAUCUCCUUGCUGGACACAACUCCAACUACAAGCGUGCCGAGGAUGAGGACCUCCUUGCUGGACACAACUCUAACUACAAGCGUGCCGAGGAUGAGGACCUCCUUGCUGGACACAACUCCAACUACAAGCGCGCUGAAGAUGAGGACCUCCUAGCUGGUCACAACAAGAACUACAAGCGUGCCGAGGAAGAAGAUCUCCUUGCUGGACAUAACUCUAACUAUUAG